AGCUCAGUCAAAGCUGUUGUGUGAAACAAAUAAGAAGUGCCGAACUGUUUUUGUACGAUCAUUCGCUCGCGGCUGGAACUGAUCACAGAAGGAUCUUUGUGAUAGUUGGUGUGCAAUUCACUAAUUGUACACGAUCCGGUGCCAUUCAAGAAGACUGAUCGUUUGUGUUGGGAAAAUAUGAUAGGUAGCCAAUACGCAGUGUUAGUACUAGCGGUGCUAUCAUUCAGUGCCAUCAACGCCCAGAAUAGUGCGUUCCGUCCUAAAUCUAGGCCAUUGGCCGUACAGUGGCCUCAGUAUGUACAGUAUCAAGCUCAGGUGCAACAGCAGCAGUCUCAGUCGCGCCCACAGCAAAUACCAAAGCCACCCCCUAGUCAAGGUCAACCACAGUUUCAGUAUGAUGCAGCAUCUUUUGCCGUUACCGAUUUGGCCAGACGAAUCGGCACAGUUCUGGGACAGCAAACCAACGCGGGGGUCUUCUCCCCUGUCAGUAUCGCUUGUGCCCUCUCACUUCUACUGCUGGCCGCUAACAAAGAGACCAAGCAAGAGCUGUUGCAACUGUUGAACUUUAACGUUGAAGAGCAGCAGAAAAACACCAUUCAUCAUCAGUAUGGUAGGAUGCUGCGAGAGGUAGCAUCAUCCAAACCCGAUGCACAACCCAUUCCGUGGCGUCAGAAUGAUCGCUGCUCCGAUGAAGAAGACGAGGACUAUACUCCCGAGAGUCAGAUCAUUCAUUUGGCCAAUGCGAUCUUCGUGAAGCGAGGUCUACCACUGAAUAGUAAGUUUGUAGAUUUAUCCCGGGCGUUCUACAACAGCUCAGUGAAUCAACUGGAUUUCGCCAACAAUCCGGAGCAAUCGGCAUCGAGUAUAAACCAGUGGGCCAGCGAAAAUACGUUCGGAAAGAUCAAUCAGAUUGUUUCGAACUACGUCAAUACCGAAACGCAGAUGAUCAUCGCAAGCGCUUUGUACUUCAAAGGACUGUGGAAGGAGGUAUUCGAGAAACAGGCCACAACCUACAAAAAGUUUUAUCCUGACGGUCGUGCCAACCCCGGUACGGCGAAAGAUGUGCUCACGAUGGCAGUCAUCGGAUGUUUUCCGUACUACGACGCAGUUCAGUACGACGCAAAAAUAAUUGGUCUCCCAUAUCAGGGUGACAAAACCGCUCUCUACAUCAUCAUACCGAACAAUUCUAGCCGGUCGAGGUUGCAACGUUUCCAAAGUACGCUGACCGGCAAAGACAUCGGCGAUAUGGUGACACAUAUGACGGUCCGAAAGGCGCUCAUUCAAAUUCCCAAAAUGAAGAUCUCCAACACGAUCAACCUCCGGGAUGUGCUGCAGAAGUUGAACCUUCGGACCAUUUUCAGCCCGGCCAACAGUGAUCUAUCGGGCAUACUGGAACCGUCGGCCCAGAGUAGUCCCAACCCGUACGAUCGCAAUCGUGUCGUGUUCCAAAAUGAUGCCCUCCGGCAGCGACUACACGCAAGCGAGAUCAUCCACAAGGUGGAGCUGGAAAUCAACGAGAAGGGAACGGAGGGCGGUGCCAUCACGGCUUCCACGAUAUUCCGUUCCUUGCCGUCGGUGACCGUACGAGUCGAUGUCCCGUUCCUGAUGCUGCUGGGUCACGAUGCGACCCAGCUACCACUGUUCUACGGCAGUAUCUUCGAUCCGUCCAGUUAGUGUUGCCGGUUGCGGUUGAGUGACUGAUUAUAUAUGUUUGUGUGUGUGCGUGUGAGUGUGUGUGUGUAUUUGUUUGAUGACAGAAAAAAACUGCUGUUCUGUUCAUUACCGUAAUUUGAGAUUGUUCCGUGAAGUAUAAGUACCGAGGAUGCAUUCGAAGAUUAGUUGGAAAUAAAAAUUUGUUUCCGAAAUUGUACAAAAAAAUGUUGUUAUGAAGAUGAUUUGCCACGAUAACCGAACUGUGAAAUGAUUAUAUGUUUAAAUCGAAAGUGUA